UCUCCUCACACACACACACUCAGCACUGCCUGGACAAAGAGAACAUCAGUGGCAGCUCCUCUACAGGAACAUAAAUGUCUGCAGCAGAGGACUGAUCCUGACCGAAGACUGAAACUUGUCCAAAAUCUUACCCAAACCACCAAGUGACCACAAGAGGGAUGGAAGGUGAGGGCAGUAAUCCUGGGGUGGCGAUGGACUCAGCUAAUCCCUUACUGAGAGCAGUCUUCCUCCGUCGCCUGAGACUCACACGGCUGCUCCUGGAGGGCGGGGCUUACGUCAAUGAGAGCGACAGCCAAGGCCAGACUCCACUGAUGGUGGCCUGCAGGACCCAGCACACUGAUGCCCAGAGUGCCAGUCGAGUCAAACUGGUCCAGUUUCUACUAGAGAAAGGAGCAGAUCCCAACAUCCAGGACAAGGAGGGUCAUUCUGCUCUAAUGCAUGCCUGCCAAGAGCAGGCUGGCCCUGAGGUUGUGUCUUUGCUCCUGGCCAGUGGAGCAGACAUCAGCCUGGAGGAUCAAUCCGGCACAUCGGCGUUGGUCUACGCGGUCAUGGCUGGAGAUUGGACUGUCCUGAAGCUGUUGCUUGACACUUGCAAGGCCAAGGGGAAGGAGGUGAUCAUCAUUGCAACUGAUAAAUUUCCUCAAGGGAAACUAGAAGCCCAGCGGUACCUCAACAUUCCUCCUACCCUGGGUCCUCUUGAGCAGACGGACAAAAUGGCUUCAGCAGCUCCUGCAUCUCCCUCUGAAAUUCAGCUCAUCACCUCCCCCCAGUGCACCUCCUCCUCCUCCUCCUCAUGUCCCCCCAAACCCAUUUUCUCUUUCAAAGAAGUCAAGUCGUGUGGCGUGAGCUCUCAUCCAUGUUCUCCAUCACGAUUACGAGGGCUCAGCCAAGAGGCGGCAAACAGACUCCAGCAGCCUCUCCUGAGGUUGAACUCCGAGCCCUGGCUAAAGAUACCGACUUCCCAGCUCAGUCAGCAGCAGCAGCAGCCUCAUGCAGCCUCACCUUCAAAGAAUGACUCAAACCACCCUGAAGAGUUCUCUGUGAGCGUUCCCAUAAUGAAAGGGGACAACAGUGUGCAGUCUAACAGCUGCAAAUGGUAUGAAGGAAGACUGGCCAGGGAAAAUGGAGUCGAAGGACCAGACAGGAAAAACUGCACCAAACAUGGUAGACAAAAGAUAUCUUUACCAAGUCUUCUAUCGCCUCACUCCGCCUCCAAUCCUAACCUCCACUCUGUAAACCUGGGAACGGAUUCUCCUGGUUCUGGCGCCAAACUCCAUAGCACUUCACUUCAUAGUAUGGCCUCAUCAAGCCUUCACAGCAUCAUCCAGAGGCGCAAGCUGGGUGCAGACAUCUACAACUCUGACCCCCAGCUGACUGUAGAUAUCCCAAACCCCCCGACAGAUGGCAAGAGGCUGGCCUCUUUGCAUCGCUCUAGCACACUGUGCUCCAGGGAGUCAUCACUGGCCCUGGGUCCAAGCAGCAGAGUGCUGUCCAGGUAUGAGCGGAGAGGCUCUGGUGCCUUUUUGUUGGACCACAACUCUCAGGCUAAGCCAAGGUCUCUGCCACCUCUGACCAUCAACUCCACCAACACUCCCAACCUUAAUGUUUACAACUUUGGACCUGGAGCUGUAGGUAGUUUCUCUGAGGAUAAAUUCCUUCCGUCUGCUCCUCCUGGACAUCCAACAGAGCUGACCAGGAAGAUGCUUUUGAGGAGACACUCAAUGCAGACUGAACAGUUUAAAACAACGGUCUGAAAUUCAGUUCACCAGUGCGUUAUUGACCCGGGUUAGACCUGGUAUUAAGGUCCUUCCUGAGUGAUGCGAUCAAAUUUGGCGAAUACUUCUUCUCAUACAACGACAGGAAAACCAAUCAGCACUGAGAUCUUCGUUAAUUAACCCUGAUUGUAACAUUGUUUAUUUGAUUCUAAUGGUACGACAUGAUUUAAUGUUACAGCAGUGCAAGUAGAGCUUUGUCUCUGUCACUCACACAGCCAGACAUCAGACACAUGUGAACCAUCAGACUAAGAUUAACAUGAUUUUGUUCUGUAUUAGAAUAAAGGACAUUAAUACCAGGUCUGAACGAGACCUUCAUGUGAAAUGUGUUGUUGUGAUGUUGAUUCUGCAGAAAAAUUCAAUAAGAUGAAAAAAAGAAUCCCAGUCUGUAAGUGCUGGGUGUUGUCUGUGCACAGAGCUUCACUAUAGUAACGUUGCAUAAUGAUGUUUUUGUCCAUUAGGGGGCAGCAGAACAAGCAGAAAGCACAUUUCAUAGCUAUAAAAUCUGAACAGAAACAUGUUGUAUCAAGAUGUCAGUGUUGUGUUUUGGGCCUUUCUGCAUGUGUAUCCAUUAUUCACGCUCUUAGCUCACUUAAAGGUUGAGUGUGUGAAAUUCUUUUCUUCAUUUGGGAGAAACUGGAGGUAAAAUAAUAAAUGUUUUUUCUUGAAAACAGGGUAAAUAAGAGUCAACUGUGAAGGGUAAAAACAAAAGCAACAUGUUAAUAAGAUAAACUACUGUAGUAACUACACAAUCAAUGAAUAAUUCUCAACACUUUUCAAACAACAGUCACUCGAUUGAAUGUUGCUGAUAUGAAAUACAAGGUUUUUAUGGCAAACACGUUCGGCCACAGUUUCUGUCUUUUUGUUUGAUCUUGUAUUCUUUUCAUUUUUGGCUCAUCACUACAGUUUUGUUUGCAGUUUAACAAACAACAGGUUUAUACGUUUUUGUUUUUUUUCUUCUGGAAAAUCAGGGACCUGCAGGACUUUGACACUAAGGUUACGACCUCUUGUCAGAAGCAGAGAAAGCACUCAGAAAGCAAACUUCCACUGCACUCCUUUGUCCACAGUGUCAAAGAUAAACUCCACUAUAUGCUUAUGGUAAGGUUCACAAUUCAUUUCAUGCUAAAUCCCAUAUUUAUUUAUUUAUUUUCCAAAUAUUUUUAUUGAAAAAGAUACCAUACAAUACUUACAAUCAAAGAAAUACAAUGACCCUUUCCUUCUUUUUUUUUUAAACAUCCAUAUGCAUAUGGACACUAAACUAAAUCCUAUUUUUAUAAUAUACCACAGCACUGUGAGGCAUCACAGCAACUGUCUACACGUUUGAGGAUCCAACAUAACAAAGACUAUUUAACAUAAGAAACUAAAUACUAAAAAUGGCAACAAAAUCCAAGAUAAAGAGAUAUAAAGAUAAAACAAAAGACAAUAUAAUGAACAGGAGCAGGAAGAGCACGGUGAAUUGACAGACACUGAGGAUGAUGACAAUAAUACCAACAAUAAUAGGUUAUUUAGUGUAUAUGUGAGCCUGGAUCACCACCAAACAUUAAUAUAUUCCACAAAAAUACAAGACAAUUUCACUAAAAAUCUGUCCUUUAUUUGUUGAGUUAUGCUGAUUAUAAAAGUUAAGCAGAGCAGGAUGCAAAAACGAGAUAAAAUGUUUAAAUGUGAGCUUCUGUAGUUCAGUGUAAUUUUAUUACUUUAUUCUUUUAAAUCUAGAUAAUAACUUUCUUGGCGCUACCUCAUGAUAAGAGUAUUGUGACACAUAGGCUGUACCUAAACAAAAUAUCUUGAUCACCCCCUGGUGGCUAGUUGCAGUCAUUCCGUCAGCUUCCUUCAUGUGAGUGGGUGAGACUUUAACUUUCUGAAUAGUUUGUUAUUCAG